AUGGACAACUUGAAAGGAUCCAACAUUACAUCAUCGGCUCCCCCGUGCAUGCAAGGUAUAACUCUUAUUAAAGUUCAAAACCGCACGUUUCGUAUUCCAACGAGUACACUACCCAAAGACUACAACUGCACAACGACUUCGGAUAAUACUGCAGUAAUGACUGAAAAACCAUCGGUUGGCAUCUCUACCGAUGUUUCUAAAAGUGGAAGUUCAAACGAAAAUAAAUUGUCUGAGCAAAUCAAACAUACGAUGGAAAUAACGAAUGUAAACUCAUUGAAGGGCAUUAUUAUAGGUCAAAAUGGAGCAACUGUAAAACAGCUUCAAUUGGAGACAAAGACAAAGAUUCAAGUUGGACAUAAUGUUGUUAUCGAAGGUUCCUCAGACGCGGUGGAAUUGGCAAUCACCAAAAUCAGAAAGUUAAUAACGGAUUCCAUGCCUCGACUGCGUCCGACUCACUUCAUUUCGCUUCCUCUUAAGGACCCAAACGUUAAGCGAAAAGUUAGCACGUUACAUACUGACAUCCUAGCCCUCAACCUCCCUAAUGUUGAUGAUUCACUUUUCCUUCGUCCCGAAAAAUUUCAUUUUACUGUCGGUGUACUGAACUUGUAUACAAAGGAUGAUGUCGAAGGAGCUGUGAAGCUGCUAAAAGAGCUGUCCCCAGAGAUUUAUGAUUUGGUCGGAACGAGGGCGACUGUUGCAAAACUGGUAGGAUUAGAAGUGAUGGAGAGUAAUCCGUUACAGGCCCAUAUUCUUUAUGCAAAGAUUGAGGAAGGAGAAACUCUGGAUAGUUUGAAGAAAGUAGCAGACAAGAAGUUGCUUGAAGGUCGCGACGGACACCAUGUAUUAGCGAAAAUGUCCCUAGUUAAUCUAAGUGCAUUUUCUAGAUCUUCUAAACGACAGAUUCAAAAAGGCAGGGUAUCUGAAACCAGAUAA